UCAGGUCUAUAUAGUGGUCUGCCCUGGAAAUGCCUCUCACAGGAGUGGGGUCUGCCCCAUGGGAGCAAGGACGGUUGGUUUUGAGUGGCAUCCAGCCAGUCGGAGCCUUCAUGUCGUUCAUCCUUCUGAAGCGAUUUGUCCCAACCGAUGCCUUCUUCCCAUAAGAUUUUGUUGCCAUGGCCUUGGAUGUCCCAUCCAACCAGAUCGCAGCUCAUGUGAAGAGAUUGGGAGGAGGCUUUGGAGGGAAAGAUCCCAGUAGCAUGCUGCUCUGCACUGUGCUUGCUGUGGCAGCCCACAAGACUGGUCACCCUGUAUGUUGUAUGCUGGACCGGGACGAGGAUAUGUUGGUGACAGGCGGAAGGCAUCCCUUCAUGGCCUGCUAUAAGGUUGGCUUCAUGAAAGAUGGGAGAGUGGUGGCCUUGGAGAUCGAUUACUACAACAACGCAGGCAACUCUGUAACGAUCUCUAGCAGCGUCAUGAACGAAGCUUUACACCACCUAGACAAUUGCUAUAAAAUCCCCAACAUCUGGGCCAUCAGGAAACUGUGCAAGACCAACCUGCCCUCCACACGGCCUUCUGGGCCUGCGGGGGGCCCCAGGCAUUGCUAAUCUGGAUUGCUGAGCCCAUACUAACUGAAGAGUCAUGUUCCUGUGU